AUGACUAGGCAGAAACUGCUUAGUUCCGAUAGUGAAGAUGAUACCUGUCCAAAUACCAUCUUAGGAAUAAACAAGUCUUAUGCAAACAGAUAUGACAAUUGGAGAAGAUUGGAAGAGCUCCAGAAAAUUAAAGAUAGAUACGGUGAACUGUCGGAUGAUUCGUCUUCCAGUGAGGAAGAGGUUGUAAGUUAUUCCUUAUCUUUUUAUUUCACUCUAUGGUCGUUCCUAUUGUGCUUUGCGUUGGAUCAGGAUUGGAGUGCUGCCGAUGAGAUGCGUUUUCUACGAACACUCAGUGCAUUGAAAGAGGAUAACGAUUCCAUUUAUGACGAAAAGUCUCGGUUUUGGACGCAUUCAGAGGUGAAACAAAAGAAUGGCCGAAAAACUUUGCAAAAACAACGACAGUCCUCGAUGUACCUCAAGGAUUAUGAAAGAAAGCUAAUAUUAGAAAAAGAAGGGUUGGAGAGAGAAGAGGAAGAUUUUUAUUCGUGGAUGAAAUCACAUGGGAAUGAAGACGUUAGCGAUAACGACUUUUUAAAAGGUCUCAAGAAGGCGUGGAAGAAUCCUGAAAUAGAUGAAGGAGAGAAGUUCUUGCGUGAUUAUCUCAUGAAUGAAGAUUUUGUUCCAUCUGAAAAGGACCAGAUUGUAACCUUCGAUGAUAUUCGAGAAAUGGAAGAAGAUGAGAAAGAUCUCGAAAUGCAACGAAAUUUUGAGCAUAAGUACAAUUUCCGAUUCGAAGAACCUGACCAGGAAUUUAUCAAGCAGUACCCAAGAACCGUCGGUGAGUCGUUGAGAAGGCGUAACUCAAAAAGAAAAGAAAAGAGGGAGCAGUAUAAGGAAAGGAAGGAGAAAGAGAAACGCGAAAGGAAACAGGUAUAUAUAUAUAUAUAUAUGUGCGGAAUUAUUACACAUUUAAUGUACUUUCGUCCAUGUGUCAUCCUCUUUUGUUUGCUCCAGGAGAUUCGUGAAAUGAAAAAAAUGAUGAAGGCCGAAAUCGAAAGGAAGUUGGAACAACUGAAGAAGAUGGCUGGGGAUGAUAUUGCUUUAAAUGUCGAUGAUCUCAUGGGUGACUUUGAUCCAAAGGAAUAUGACAAACGGAUGGCGUAUUUGGAGUACGAUAUUGAUGCAAAUUGCUUCACCAUUCAGCAAGUCUUCAAUGAUGAAUAUUACGGAAAAGGUGAUAAUAGAGUUGAUGAGGACGCCACAAGAGUCAAACUGAGUGAUGUAGACGAUGUGUAUGUCAAACUUGUUAAGAAUGAAGACGAUAGUAGUGACUAUGAUAACUUGUGUGUACCGUCUGCCAGUACUGCACGUGAUACUGAUAAAACAUGUGUGACAAAUUGUGAAGAUGAUCCUGUUCAAUGCUGGAGCGCUGGAGCGAAGUUGCAAACAAAAAAUGGUAAUUUUAACGACUUGUGCUCGUAUUGUGGAAGAUUCCUAGUUCCUAAGCUCUCGGUUUUGUUAGAUUCCCGACGAAAGAAGAAACGUAAGAGCACGUUUUGGAAAGCUCUACACAAGGAGAAACCUCUGUUUAAUCCGAACGAGAAGACAUUCGAAGAGUACUUCAAUGAGUAUUAUGCUCUUGAUUAUGAAGACAUAAUUGGUACACUACUAACCUGUUUUCAUGGUUUUGGAGCGUUUCCAGAGAUUCACCUGGACUGUUUGAGUACCGACAAGUUGUACCGAACGAUUUUGGUCUGUCUGUUGGUGAAAUACUGUCAGCGGAUGAUAGGCAGCUUAAUGCUUGGGUUUCUCUUAAGAAGGUAUACUUUAAUGUUUUCAUAUCACUUGGCUGAUCUUUGUAACCGUGAGAUUUUAUGCUACUGGUUAUCGCACGGAACAUGA